GUACUUUAACAGCUGUGCGUGUUUGACAUUGUCUAUUAUUAAUUUUACCCACAGGAAGUCGAGUUGUUAUUGCUACGUAUAGCUCUUCUACGAAAUAAAAAUAGGAAAAGUGUUUCACAAAAAUCUUGUAAACGAGAGUUACUUCCCGUGAACGUUUCCCUCGAACUGUAGGCCUACUAUUCUAUUCUCUGCUGUUGUUUUGUGUUGGCCCAGGCGAGAUCUAGGCUGGACUUCCUUGAUCGUUUUCUUUUUUAUAGUUUUUUUUUUGUUUGUCAAUACUUGAUUUCGCCUUCUUGUGUUUCCCGUGAGGCUUUCAUCAUAAUUGAAUAAUAUCAAGAUUCUAGAUCUAGAAUUUUCUUCUUCUCCUUUCUUUGGCUUGAAACUUGUGUGCCAGAGUGAAAAUUGAUAAUAAUGUGCAGCGAGUAUUCACUUGACUUGUCUGUCAGUGUCUCGGGUCACCUGGGGUCAGUGUCACUUCGACUGAUACUAACUUGAUACUGAUGAUCUGUGACAAACUACACGCUCCCUUGACUCACAAGUACUCUGGUGAUAAUGAUAUUAUAAAAUCCCUCAUACGGUCAUACACGCCUACCCGAUUAUAUUAUAUUAUUUUAUUAUCAAAGACCUCCCUCUCUGUCGAAGUCAAGACUUUAUUAAGAACUGGAAUUAGAAUUCUAGAUUAGAUUAGAUCUAGAAUCUCGAUCUCGAUCUAGAAUCUAGUCUAGAUCUAUAUGUUGGUCCAUAGUCCAUGUCUUUUAAGUCUUAAGACUAGAUAGAAUCUAGAUCUAUACGGUGACAGUGUUUUAUAUUUAAAAAGUAAAAGUAAAAACUUAAAAUAGGUCCUGACUUAGACAAGUUGUGUUUAACUGGACAAGGACUGUUGUUCUCAUCACUUGAGACUGAGACUAAGACCUUAUAAGCUGUCACUUGCAGAGCCUUAUUUUUUAAAAUAUAGAAAUGGCUGAAGCUCUGAAAGAGAGAGAGGUUGAGUUAGUUGUACUUUCAGAACAAACUGAACCUCUGCUCGUACCAUCUCAAUCCGAAACUGCAAAUCAGCAAAACCAAAAUGGAGCAACUGCUAAUACCCAAAGUGCAAACAAUUCUUUGGACCAGGGUGAAGAGGAAGAUCAUGUUUUCUCAAAUCCACAAGGAGGAGCAUCCAAUAUACCUUCUUCACCAACAAACAAAGGUGACGGACCAUCACCGUCUCAUACUUUUGAAUUUCUAACAAGUGGAGGCAUUCCUAAAAAUCGCAAACGGCCUGGUUCGACAAGUGACAGUCAGAGAGUGACAAUGACUGGCAUGGUGACCAGAGGCAGCAGUGUUGGCCAGCCAGUUGAGGUUCAGAUGGAGCUUACAGAGACCGAAUUUCUUCGCUUGACGUCCCGAGAAUCACACCCAAAGCCGAAAGGAACACGAGGAUGUGACCGCUACCAGGGUGUGCAUAUCAUCUUGUGGUCAGUUCUGUGUAUGCCAGUUGCCAUGGUGAUAUCGCUGUGCAUGUCCUUCUACAAUGGUGCUAUGACCUGGUAUAACCUCAUCAUCUACUUCAGUGAGGAAAAGUCGUGGGUUCACAAACUCACCCUUUGUCCAAUCCUCAUUCUUUCUUUUCCUCUCACUGUCGGCUUGUCGUCUGUCGCUAUCUCACUGGUUGCCAUGGUGAUGCAGAUCUCAUGGUCGUGGCGGGUUUGGUGGGCUGAGUUUUGUGACGGGGAGAAAGGUUUCUAUGGUUGGUUCUGUAGCAAGAUAGGACUCCCCAACUGCUCCCCGUACGAGGUGGUGGUGUUAGAUGACGCGCCGUUGUAAUCCCAGAUCCGUGUCAAACCCCCCAACUGUUCUGUCGACCAGGUGAUGAUGUUAUAUAUGAUACACCGAAUUGUAAGUCUAGAACACAGGAUAAUGUAACAUGAUGCAAUAGUAAUAUCCUAGAACAAUAUCAAGACUCUCCAACUGCUCUUCCAAUCAGGUUGUGGUAUUAGAUGACGCACCUAUAUAUAAUAUAUGUCUAUAGCAUGGGGUGGUGUAACAUGAUGCAGCGAUGUAAUCCCCAAUCCAUAUGUGAGGCAGGCAGCGUGGUGAAAUUAGAUGCUCGUCAAUAUAAACACGGGAGUCGCCACUGCUCGAAAAAUGAGCAACGCUUCUGUCGCAAAUUCUUGUUAAUGUCCUUUGUUACUUAAGUAAACAGAACUUUGAUCAGUCACCUCACAUACGAUUUGUGGGUAUGAGUUGUGGGCGGGGCUUAUAGGUGACGUAUCAAGCGCUUCCCUCACCAGCAGUUGAAAAUUUAUUGUUACCAUUGGUUGACUUGGGUUAGCAUUCAUUGGACGGAAUAACAAUAAUACCAGGUGAAUGGAAUAUGACAAAGCGUCGGGUGAUGCGAGACCACGCUUUUCUGUCUUAAGCCAGUAAAAUUGAAUGUGGGUUUAUAAAGUAAGGUGGCCGCGUCUGCGUUGGACAGGUGACUGUUGUACACAAUUAAGUUAUGUAGAACACGCAAGGGGGGGGAAUGGAAAGUGGCCGUUUGUACAGUUGGCCGUAUUAUACAGGUGGCCAGUUGU